CUCUGAUAAAGCUCUUUUUUUUUGCUUCUGCCUCUAAUCUGUGAACGUCUGCUGCUUUGGUGUGCCUGUUGCUCUUGUCUGGAACGGAUGUUUUACGCGUGAACAUCUAAAUUGUUUGGUGGAGUUCUUGGACAACAGCAAUACAAACUCUUAAAAAAUGAAUGUAAAAUCAUCGUUACUACACUUGUUGGUGUUCUGCACAUAUGGCUAUGGAAUCUACCACAAUGUUACGAAAUUGAGGCCUCCGUCCUCUCCGGCUUUGGAUUUUGCCUACCGACAGUUUGGGGGUCGUCUUAAGUUCUUAACCUUCCUGAAUGCUCUUCUGCAAUGUGGCUUCUUUGGACUGUGUGUUCUGAACGACUUCGUAGGCUCAGAAUCACCAAUUUAUGCACGAAGAAGUUUGCUGCAGAGGCUACGUGAUUGGCUCUUCACAUCUCUAGUGUUGCCUAUGGGAGUGUUUGUGUCUUGCAUAUUCUGGGCACUGUAUGCUGUUGACCGUGAACUCAUCUUUCCUGCAUCUCUUGACUCAUGGUUCCCAGGGUGGUUGAACCAUAUUAUGCACACACUCCCAGCCAUUGGUGCCAUCGCAGAAUUGUACUCAGUGUGUCACUGUUUCCAAAAGGGAAUCAAGAUGUAUUAUCCUAUCCUAGUGGCAUACUUUCUCUAUCUGUCAUGGAUUUGCUACAUUGCUUAUGCAGCUGGUUUCUGGGUGUAUCCUGUGUUUGAGGUUCUGGAUAUGAAAGGCCGAACCAUUUUCCUCGCUGCACUACUGUUGCCCAAUCUCUUUUUUGUUCAUUUAGGACCCAGACUGCAUAACAUGAUUUGGGGAUCCUCUACAAAGAUGCAGGGAAAGAGAAAGGGAAAGAAGGAAUAAAUAUAAAGAGAUGGAAAAGGGAAUAUUAUUUACAAAAAAUAAGUUUUUAGAAAUGACAGACUAAUACUAUGGUAAAUUUGGUAACAACAAUACUCAAGAAUGAUUAGAAACUGUAGAAUAUGGAUUGGAUAAUUGAUUUACUUGUGUUAUAUAUGCAUAUAUAUCUGUUUUCAGAAUAUGAGUGAUUUUUUUAAAUUUGAAUAAAGACAAUAAAGUCAGCUAACUUGACAGAGAAUCCAUACCCCAUUUCCAUAGUUAAGUAGUUGAUAGGUUCAUAUAUCUGAUCACAAUUUAUAUAUGUUCUGUGUAAAAAAUGUGGGAAAUUGGUAAGACAAAAAUUAUAAUGAAUUUAUAGCUUUAGGACUUCAGAGGUGAUUAAAAAUGAUAAGCAUAUAUCACAAAGUAGUAGUUUUUAUGGGAACUGAUUAAACUCUAUACAGUCUAUACAUAGUUUAUGCAGGGGAGGUAGAACUAUACUGACAAGAGUUAUCAACGGAUAAUUACUGUACAUCCCAGGCUAUUACAUCUGGAUAGCAUUGCCAUUACCAGUCUUUUAUCUUUUUAUCAAGAAUUUGUUAAUGUCCUAUGAUUGUAGGCAUUAUAUGGGAAAUUGCUAUUGUGUAUGUUUUAUACCUGUUGAGAACAGUGAGACAAAAUGUUAACCUGUAGACGCGUAUAUACUAAAAAGAAAUUCCCUUGAUCUAUACAGCCUUAUUGUAGGUGUGUUCUGUGUAUCAUUUGCAGUCUAAUUUAUUUCUGUGUUGUGUCAGUGCUUUGUUCAUGACACAGAAAUAGUAAUGUAGAAUUGAAAGGCAAUAUUGUCAACUGUUCUGAAAUCCCUAUGUUUUGGACCUUUUAGCUACUUAGCUGUGGCAUAGAUAGUGGCUUCUCCAAGAAUUUAGCGUAUGCUGACUCACAUGACUAUGAGAUUUGAAAUGCAUGGAAAAAAUUAGGUCUGAUCCAAAGUGUUAGGUGAUUGUUGCCAGUUCUUUUAUUUGCUAAACCAUUUAAGUCUACUAAAUUAUCUAUGUAAUGUGGGAAAUCAUGAAUAUAAAGAUAAAAAAAAAGUUCAAAGUUAAUACUUAGUUAAGUUGUUAAAAGUUCUAAAAUAUAUUACUAACAACCUAAUAUAGAAACGUGUAACAGCUGACUGCAUUUUUUGUUACUACCUCAAGUAUGUACUGUAGUCAUAUAUGUAGUAAGCUUUUUUUGUUUUGGGUAUCUGGACAAGAGAGAGUUUUUUUUAAAUGUGUACAAGUUUAACUUGGAGGCCUUAGUGUUAUCUUGAAAACCAAAGUUGUAUCUGUGGUUGUGAGAUAGACAGCUUUAGAGUAACCAUCCUGCUUUUAUGGCUGUGGAUAUUACACUGUUAUUUGUGAUGUGACUGUGCAGUUAAAAGGUGCAACUUGUUUUCUUCACGUUUUAGUUCAGAUGGUUUGUUGAUGUCGUAUUCACAACUUUAGUCUUGUAUUAUUGUGUGAAUUAUUUCACAGUGCAGUAUAUGUUGCCACCAUCAUUAUGAAGUUGAACAUUUAAUAAUACAUUGAUUUUAAGUCAUCAGAUGGUUAUACAAACUAUAGGACACUUUAGAACUCUUCUUAAGCACAUACUUAAAUCUGGUAAUUAAUUAAUGGGAUUAAUGUUAUCUUUUGAAUGUUAUUGUGAGACUGAUAUAUAUAUAUAUAUAUAUAUAUAUAUAUAUAUAUAUAUAUAUAUAUAUAUAUAUAUAUAUAUUGUUUAUUGAUUGAUUCUUGCAGAUGACUAAAUCAAUGUUAGACAAUCUUACAAACUUUGUACACAUUUUGUAAAUAUAUAUUUGAAAAUAAUACUGUGUUUGUGGAAAGGAAGCAAAAAUGUCUUUUACAAAUUUCAUCUUUCCUAAAUCUCUCCAUUAUACCAAACUGAUUUAAGAGAAAUAGAUAAAGAGAAAAGGGAAAUAUUAACAACACAAUUUUUCAAUAUUUCUAAACAUAAAACUAGACAUAGAUAUAAAGGAGUGUGAAUGCAGUUAGUAUAUGAUUGACAGUAUUUUUUUCUUUUCUUUCCUUUUUUUUUUCUUUCACACAGAAACAAAUUAUUAGGUUUAGAUAAAUAAAUGUAGAUUGAGCAGGUGCAUGAUCUUGAUGCCAAAGAGAAUCAAGUGAAGUUUCUUAAUUAAUUGAAAGAUUUUCCUUUUUUAUUAUUAUCUUUUAGAUAUAUAUAUAUUUUUUUUUUCUUAUAGAAUUUCAGGAUGCUGAAAAAAUAUAUGUUGCAUGUCCAAUUUGAAUGCAUUUAUCAUAAGAUAUGAUUUUGGCUUCUGGAAAUAUUUUUUAAUCGCAUUUUCCAAAGUGGAUGAACCAGUCAGCUACCUUAGCUUAUAAGCAUAAUUUUAGUGUCCCAGGAAAUUAAAACCUUUUCUGUAAUGUUUGGAUGAUUAUGCAAUGCAAAAGUGGUUUGAGAGAAUAUGUGAAAAAAAAUCAUAUCCAUUUCCCCUACUGCUUCAGUUUUCUGAUCUGAAAAACUUGAUUUUCUAUAUAACUUUACAGCUGUGAACCAUCAGAAAUACACAUAAAAUUAGUGGAAAAGAUGGGUCAGAGGUGUGAUCAAGCAAGAAUGGGUAGUAUUGUAAAAAAAGUAAUGUUAGAUGAAUAAUGAUGAUAAUAAGCAUGAUAUUAGGAAUUGUAGGAAACUCAUAAUUGUUUCAGCUGUUCAGCAAGGGCAUAUUUUUUUGUUUAUAAUAAUUCAGAUAAACCACAGUUUAUUGAGCUACACAUUACUUUUUACUUUUGCUUUUACUUUAUACAGGCAAAGGACAGUAAUCAGUGAAGUAUUAUUUUCUUUUCCUUGAAAUUCCUGCCUUACAUAGAGGAGAUGGCUGCUCAUUCUCAUAAAAAAUAAAUUCAUCAUGAUUGUUGACUGAAAAAAGGCUGAAAAUAUGAGAUUUGGCAAUUAGGAACCUGAAGAUAUUUGAAGUUUGUGGGUAAAAAAUAUAAAAAAUACUCAGCA